AUGCCGGUUGGAAAACGUGGACUUGUCGCGCCACAAAAUACGUUUCUUGAAAAUGUUAUACGACGCUGCAAUAAUGCCGGUAAGUGUCUUUUUCUUCUGAAAACCCUGGAAAACUCUCGAAUUCCAGACACCUCAUUCAUUUUGGCGAACGCGCAAGUUGUCGAUUAUCCGAUAGUUUAUUGCAAUGAUGGAUUUUCGAAAUUGGUGGGAUAUACGAGAGCUGAGAUUAUGCAGAAACCUUGCUCGUGAGUUUUGAAAAGGGGAUUUUGAAGUCUUGUAUACAUUACAUUUGUGGCAGAUUUUAUUCAUUAAUUUUUUAGAAUCCUAGCUUUUUUGGACGUUUUGAAUUUCGAAAUUAAAUUUCACAAUAAUUCAAAAGCAGGAAAAUGUCAAUAAAUAUGUUUUUUUUUAACCCAGCUUCUCUGAAUCACAAAAUGUUCUACCUCUUAAAAUAUUCUUCAAAAAAAAAUUCUGGAUCCAUCAAACCAAACUUCAAAUGACAACUUCUCCAGUCUUUGAGAAUAUUUUAGAAGUUCAAAGUUCUUAUCAUGAUCACAGAACGUUUUAAGAGUGCAUGAUUAGAUUUUCCGCUUAACAAAUUAGUUUUUCCCACGUGUUUCAAAUUAUGUGUACUUUUUCCGGGUUCUAAAAAUUUCCAUAAGAAAAUUUUGAAUUUCAAAAAAAAAUUUUUCCAGACUCGCAUUUAUGCACGGUGAGCAUGGCGAAACCGGCAGUCUUCGAAAAAUGCAAGAGGCUCUUGACAACGCGCGAACCGAGCAAGCUGAAAUCGGGCUAUGCAAGAAGAACAAAACUCCAAUCUGGCUUCUCGUUCAUCUUGCGCCAAUCAAAAACGACAAAGAUUCAGUGGUCCUGUAUUUAUGUCAAUUCAAGGAUAUAACUCCGCUCAAACAACCGCUGGAUGAUGAGAAUAACAAGGGUGAGAAUUUUUAAAGAGGGGGAAAAUUCCCACGUUUGGAGAAAAAAAAAUUAAAAAUAGAUAUGAGUUCUUGGAAGUUGAUGAAAAGUUUCUAGAAUCGGAAAAUUUUUAAUGAUAUUUUUAGGCUUGUCAAGGAUAUUACAAAUCGCACGGAUCGCCAAAUCAAAACAACAAUUCAAUCAAAUCGAGACAAAAGAUCUACACAAGGCUGCGGGAACAACGACGAGUAACUUCAAUCAGGUUAUCAAGGUUGAGAAUCUUGACGCUUCUUUCUGUUAAACGCUCUUUUUAAAUCACGCACCACUCAACUCAAAGAUCAAUACGAGAUCUCAAAACCCUUUCGUAUUAAGUUUCAUUAAAAAGAGCGUUUGCCCCUCCCGACUACCUUAUUUGCCUGUGAUGAUGAUAGCCGCCUAGUGACUUGUGUUCUAUUUAUUGGUGAUGUUGUGAUUUUUCUCCUUCUUCUUCCUCCUCUCCCACGUCAUUCAAAUUUCCGAAAUGUAUUAGCGUCAGGCAUGGAUGAACAAAUAUGUAGGCAUCACAUCAGAAAUCUUGAAAUCCCUCCCCACCUCCCCUAAAUUUUAUCGAAACAAAUAUAUGUUUCAUUUGAAUGUUGAUUGUAUUGUUUUAGUGCAAUGGAAAUUGGAACGAGCAUCGCUUUGUGAGUUGAGUUGCAUGCGUUUUUGUGCUCUUUUUUGUUGAAUUUUUGUUGCAUGUUUGGGAAAAGUUUCAGAGGAUUUGAAGGAUCUGGGAUGAUGAAAAUUAACAAAAAAAAUUAAUGAAAAAAAAUCUGAUCAUUUUUUUAUUUGAAAAAAAAAUUCCAUCAAAACGAAAUCAAUCGAUUUUUUCAAAAUUUAUUUUCAAAAAAGAACCUGGCACAAUUCCCAAAACCUCGUGAUGACGUGGCAAAUUUCAGAGUUUUUCUAAAGAUAAACGCUUGCCAAGCCCUUGGGAUAAAUCUUAGUUUUCAAAUUUAAAAACAUUUGUCUGCUGUUCGUAUUUACUAACAAUAAAAUUUGAAUUUCAAAAAAAAGUUCCAUUCCAAAAUAUUCUAAAACUCUGAUUAUUUUUCAUGACUAACAGAAACUAACUUUGAUAAAUGUUGAAAUAUGUGUCUUUGUAUAAAAAAAACCAACCCAGACUCCCAAAAACUCUGAAACUACCCGCUUCUAGCUGCAGCUUCAAACCCCUUUCGCAUGUUUCGCAACCCCUCAUUCACUUUCACCACCUGACAGAAAGAAGCACCAAAUGAUUACGAGCGCACACUGAUCACUCACUCAACCACAAAAGUCACUAGGUUUUUUGUUUUAGUUGAAAAAUAUAUCAAGCUAAUUCAUCUCAGGAUGUGAGAUCUUCAACAAAAUCUAAUUUUUGAUUGAUUUCCAGGUGAUGAAUCUAGGCGGUGAUAUGCUGCCACAAUAUCGACAGGAGACACCGAAAACAUCACCGCAUAUCAUUUUGCAUUACUCAUCUUUCAAGACGAUUUGGGAUUGGUCGAUUUUGGCGUUGACGUUUUAUACAGCUUUUAUGGUUCCUUUUAAUAUAGCUUUCAAGCAGAGGUAUGUUUUUUUCAGAAUUUUUUUAAAAAUUCUGUGGAAUUAUUUUCAGCCUGGAGAAAAAGUUCACCUUCCACACAUCAGUCAAAAACAGUACUGCAAUAGAUCCCGUGGCUUUGAUGGAUUCCAUAGUCGAUGUCAUAUUUUUCGCCGACAUUUUGCUCAACUUCCACACAACAUUUGUUGGCCCCGGUGGCGAAGUCGUCAUCGAACCCUCGAUUAUUAGGCAGAAUUAUUUCAAAUCAUGGUUUCUCAUCGAUCUUCUCUCGUGUCUUCCCUAUGAUAUCAUUUAUAUGUUCAAGAAAAAUGACGAGCGGAUAGGAAGUCUGUUUUCGGCGUUGAAAGUUGUGCGGCUUCUCAGGUUGGGAAGGGUUGCGCGAAAAUUGGAUAAUUAUCUGGAAUAUGGAGCUGCGACUCUGCUAUUAUUACUUUGUGCAUAUGUGAUUGUGGCACAUUGGCUGGCGUGUGUUUGGUAUUUCAUAGGAGAGAUGGAAGUGAAAUUGAGAUAUUGUAAUCCAUCUCUACCUGAAGGAUGGCUAUGGAAACUAUCACAUGAUUUGAAGCAGCCGUUUAGCAGGGAUGAGAAUCCAUCGCCACUUCAACAAGGUUGUCCAGUGAUCGGGGGACCAACGAGAACAUCUAGCUAUAUUUCAUGUAAGUGGAUCAGAGCUCCAGUGGUCCUGAAACCCAUUUUAAAAUUUUCAGCCCUGUAUUACACAAUGAGUUGCAUGUCUACUGUUGGAUUUGGUAACAUCGCAAGCAACACUGAUAACGAAAAAAUAUUCGGGGUGUGUAUGAUGAUUAUCUCUGCCUUGUUGUAUGCUGCAAUUUUCGGACACAUGACCACGAUUAUCCAGCAGAUGACAUCGAGCACUGUCAGGUAAGUGACGUCAGAACUUGUUUCCAAAAAAUUUUUUAAAUUUUUUCAGGUACCAUGAGAUGAUUAGUAAUGUUCGAGAGUUCAUCAAACUUCAAGAAAUUCCGAAAGAACUUGCUGAGCGGGUGAUGGAUUAUGUGGUGUCAACUUGGGCGAUGACAAAGGGAAUUGACACCUCAAAAGUUCUCGGAUAUUGUCCAAAAGACAUGAAAGCGGAUAUAUGUGUUCAUCUGAAUCGAAAGGUUUUCAAUGAACAUAGUUGUUUCCGACUCGCUUCUGAUGGAUGUCUCCGAUCUUUAGCGAUGUUUUUGGAACUAAACCAUGCCGCACCUGGCGAUCUUUUAUAUCACACUGGAGAAUCUGUAGAUGCGUUGUGGUUUGUAGUCUCUGGAUCUUUAGAAGUUAUACAAGAUGAAGAAGUUGUUGCGAUCCUUGGCAGAGGUGAUGUUUUUGGUGAUGAAUUCUGGAAGAAUAACGGGUCUACGGGUCAAUCUGCGGCUAAUGUUCGAGCGUUGACGUAUUCUGAUCUUCAUAUGAUUAAGAAGGAUAAAUUGAUGGAUGUUUUGGAGUUCUAUAAAGCAUUCGCAAAUUCGUUCGCUAGAAACAUGACUCUCACUUAUAAUUUGACACAUCGUAUGAAAUUCCGAAAAGUUGCGGAUGUGAAGCGAGAAAAAGAGCUGGACGCGAAGCGGAAGAACGAGAAGCUCACACUUCCCACCGAUCAUCCGAUUCGCAAGUUAUUGUUCCGAAUGAGGGAACGACACGGCCCCCGGAUUUUCCCAAGUCCAAUGUUUGCUGAUAUCGAGAAAGGCUUGAAAAAGUCGAGCGACAUCAAUCGAAUCUCCUCGCUGCAUUCGAUGGUGGAUGAGACGAAUGGAGGUGGAACGACAUCGUUUGUCAAGAGUCCGAGAGCCAAGCAAAAACGACCUCCACUCAUGGUGAGUUUUGAGGAAGAUUAGAGCGAUCAGGGUUUUUUUCUUCCAGAAACGUCAGACAGUCGAUGAAGAUGCGCUAUCUCGAACAAGUUGGGGAAUCGAUAAAAAAGAUCGGGUGAGUUUUGAGGAGAAAAUUUUAAUUUUUACAAGUGUAUUGCACCUUUAGCAUACAAUUUUGUUUUAAAACUUAUCUUUAAAUAAUUUUCCAGGAAUGGAGUUCUCUUUCAAAUAUCCGAACUGAAAUGAAGAGCAAAUUCGAUGUGAUUGGUGAAAGAUUGGGUGUGAUCGAGCAAAUCAAUAGUCGUCUAGCGAAUCUCGAGCGCCUCCUCAAUUCCAACGCGAAUGGUGCAACUACACCAUCCACAAUUCCAGUUGGCUCAUCGUUCACAGCUCUCAAUGAAUCGCACAAUCGACUAACUCUCGAUCCUCCGCCUGUAGCUAGAAGUGUAUCAUGGAGUGAGCAGCAGGCACCGCAAUGGCAACGGUAGGUCAAAUUUAUUUUGAACAAAAACUAGAGUUUGUUAGCGCCUUUAGAUUCGAAGGCAAAAGCUUGAACUUCAGUUUUUUGGAAUGGAGAAUCUAGGUAAAUUUUCGGUCGUAUGUAUCUUCGCGUUUUCUCGAAUGGCUAACCUCUUGCUAGUGAAAUGCAGUGUUCUCUUCUUGUUUUUUCAAAUUUUUCCUUAUAGGAGUAGCUUUUUUGUAAAAGGUUCCUGGGGUUUUUGCGUAAUUUUUCAUUAAUCUGAAACAUUCGAAAAUUCUAUUCCUUUCAGCUCUGUGCCGCCUUUGCGAGAACUCGAAUCUGGCGAAUGGGAAGGUGGUCCACCGUCCAGAGAAGAUACGCCAAAUCAAUCCACGUCAUCACCACCAACAGUGCCACACAUUCAAAUAGAGGGCGACGAUUCGGCACGACCGCCAACACGAACUAGAAUAUGA